AUGGGGGACCUGAUUAUGCUCUGGGUGGCUGUGGGCAUAUGCUGGACCACCCUCAGUGCUUCUGCCUGGUCAGUGAACAACUUCCUGAUAACAGGUCCCAAGGCCUAUCUGACCUACACCACCAGUGUGGCCCUGGGGGCCCAGAGUGGCGUUGAGGAGUGUAAGUUCCAAUUUGCUUGGGAACGCUGGAACUGUCCUGAAAAUGCUCUGCAGCUCUCUACUCACAACAGGCUGAGAAGUGCCACUAGGGAGACUUCCUUCAUUCACGCAAUCAGCUCUGCGGGGGUCAUGUACACCAUUACCAAGAAUUGUAGCAUGGGAGACUUUGAAAACUGUGGCUGUGAUGAGUCAAAAAAUGGAAAAACAGGAGGCCACGGCUGGAUCUGGGGAGGCUGCAGCGACAAUGUGGAAUUUGGAGAAAGAAUCUCCAAGCUCUUUGUGGACAGCCUGGAGAAGGGGAAGGAUGCCAGAGCCCUGAUGAAUCUUCAUAACAAUAGGGCAGGAAGGCUGGCAGUGAGAGCCACCAUGAAGAGGACCUGCAAAUGUCAUGGCAUCUCGGGAAGCUGCAGCAUCCAGACAUGCUGGCUGCAGCUAGCUGACUUCCGGGAGAUGGGAGACUACCUAAAGGCCAAGUAUGACCGGGCACUGAAAAUUGAGAUGGAUAAGCCGCGGCUAAGGGCUGGGAACAGUGCUGAGGGCCGCUGGGCACCCACCGCGGCCUUCCUUCCUAGUGCAGAGGCUGAGCUGAUCUUCUUGGAGGAGUCACCAGAUUACUGUAUCCGCAAUUCCAGCCUGGGCAUCUAUGGCACAGAGGGUCGAGAGUGUCUGCAGAACAGCCACAACACAUCCAGGUGGGAGCAACGCAGCUGUGGGCGCCUGUGCACCGAGUGUGGUCUGCAGGUCGAAGAGAGGAGAACAGAGGCCAUCAGCAGCUGUAACUGCAAAUUCCAGUGGUGCUGCACAGUGAAGUGCGACCAGUGUAGGCACGUAGUCAACAAGUACUAUUGCAUGCGCUCCCCGGACAGCGCCCGGUCCCAAGACAAGGGCAGUGCCCGAUAGCACCCCACACAAACUCACUUGCUCUGUUGCAAGACAGAGCAGGGGGACACAGCUUCUCUUUUGGAGAGAGUAGAUUGGAAAACAAUUGGAAAAUCACACGGUUGGCCUAUAGUCCUCAUGAUUACUGAUAAUAAAUGGGAAAACAGAGGCCUAAGAUUAUACAGGCAUAUUCUUGUCAGAGCUGAAGUUGGAACCUGGGCCUUUUGACUUAGGCAGACCCCAUUUCAUGUCUCCUUCAAGUUACUUCCUAGUCUUUGUGCUUAUAUUUAUGCAGCUUGCUAAUGGGAGACUUUUGUUUAGGGUCCAUAUCCAGAGGGACCCUCAAAGUACUGGUUCCCUUAGGGGAACAGAGGGAAUGGAAGCAAAAAUCAAAGGAAUUGGUUCAGACUCCUGAAGGAGCAACCUUUCCCUACUCUAGCCGUCUCCAGAAAGACCAACUACAAGUUCAUGCAGAUCAGCGGGGCUGAGACCACCUAUCGGGGAGGUUUUUAGGGUGUUGGGUUUUUCACCUGAGUCUGCACUUUUGAAAAUUCUUCCCACCCAACCCUGGGGAACACAGGUCCCAACACAACCUAAGGACUUCUCCAUCUCAUAAACCAUCUCUAGAGCCAUGGAGAGGGAAUGGUCACAGUAAGCGGACAGGUGAUUACAACUUACCCAGACAAGGUCCCACAAAAGGGAACCCCCCCUCCCCAAGAGCUGUAAAAUAACCCGUUUCAUUAUUUUCCCAGAUUGGGAACUUCAACUUCAUUUUACAAUAAAUGUUUCUAGAAUAUAUCCAGAUGGGUCCCUUUUAUUUUUCCCUUUGGAAACCUAAAGAUCAGAAAGAGAACAGGAAAUCCUGCUUCUGUAUCCCAAUUAUCCACCAGCCUAAGAGGGAAACUGGAAAUAUCCAAACCUCUUGAUUUCAGUGUUUGACAGAUGAUAAAAUUGAGACCCAGGCACUAGCCAGUAGGAAAACAAUCCAGACUCCCAGAUUUAGGAGGUAUUACUUUAAUGCACCUCAAGCAACUUGGGGAACAAGGAAGUCCUUUGAACUUGAACCAUAUUCAAAGUGUGUUCACUCUCUUAACUUUGGCUUCCUGGGGUGCCUGUACAUCAGGGCUUGGGCCCCAGGACAAAUGACUGGGAGAGUUGUGGAUUCUGCCUUUCUCGUUUGCACUUCUACAUCUUCCCAUAAAGAGAGCAGUGGGGGCACAGUCAUUGGUCUAACUCUGAAUAUCUCAACCUUGGGAGUCUGCCUGUCUGCACAGGCCAGCACCUUGCAGGGAAGAAAUAUUUCAGAUAUGUUGAAUAAACUAAGUAAAAUGACUGAUCAACAAGAGUGGGUAAAAUACCCCCAGCUCAUUGUUUUAAAUUAGAAAACAAUUUAAAUGUUCAAUAGUAGGGUAAACUAGUUAAAUCAUGAUCUUACACGGAAUAUAAUUUAACCAUAAAAUACUAUUCAUGAGAAAUAUUGGUAAAAUGGGAAACAUUUAUGAUUAACUGAACAAAGCAGAUUACAAAACAGCAUUUUUAGGAUAAAUGCAAUUUU